GCUGUGCGGGUGCGUCCUGGGCGAUGGGGCGCGGGAGCGGCUGCCGGAGAGCCCCGGAGACCCAGGGGUGCGCGCGCGCCUGAGCCCCUUGAGCAGCUCGCGUCUCCCCUGAGGGCGGCCAGAGUCCUCAGACCCUCCUGAGCUGCGGGGCGAAUCGGGUCCGAGGAUCGCUCGGGCCACUGGGAGGAGAGCAGGCUGGCGGGGACCGAGGAGGACUGGGCUAUCCGGGUUCGGGGAUGGCUGGGUCUGCUUCCAGGGCAGGUGGAAGAGGAGCAGGGUCCUGGUCCCGAGAUUUUAGGAGGGGGUGCCUGUGGCAUCACGAUGCUGCCUCUCAGCACCAUCCGGAGCCAGGAACCGGAGGAGGUGAGGACCAAGCCGCCGGAGAGAAGAGCGCUGCCUUCUGAGAAACCUAAGGUUCGUCGUCGCCCAAGGAAGUCCUCCAGGAAGAAGGCGAGAAUGUCAGCCAGACGGGUGCCGGUUUGUCCCCUGCCAAGUGUUUGCUUCACCUUUUACUUGGAAACGGAUGACUCUGACUCUGAACCGAAGUCUUCUCCUGAAACUCCGAAACCUAGCACAAGAUGCGCCUCCCCUCCGAAGGCUGCUGCAGAGUACCAGGAAAUCCAGGCGUGGGAAUGUCCCCUGUGCUGCCUCAGCAUUUUCUGCCUUUCCUAAGUCUCAUGACCCUCCACUUCCCACUGCUCUUGAAUGGGCACCCCCAAACCAUGCAUGCUGGGCUCCUGUGAUGUAAACCCCCAAAUACAGCUGCUUAAAUAAACGGAAGUAGAUGUCUC